CCCCUUUUUUUCCCUCUGUAAGUUGUGCCACACACAGUGAAAACUCUGAUUUAAUUCCUUAUUUAUCCAGUUUUGGUUUUACUUCCCUUUUUUGUGCCUCACACAGGACCAAGCAGCUCGAGGAGAGAGGGUGCUCUCUCUCUAUGUUGAUGGAAAGUCACAGUAACGAUAUCUGAAGAUGGAAAAAGGAUACCAACCACAGGACGCUCCCCCCUACCCUGGCCCACCUCUGAACUACGGGGCACCUCAGCUAGUCAUGCACCCUCAACCAGCCAUGUACCCUCAGCCAGCCAUGUACCCUCAGCCUCAGCCGGGUUUCGCUCCUUCCCCUGUAGGACCUCCACCUGUUGGAUACCAGGGAGGUAAUGCUUAUGCUCCGGGCCCAGUUGCACCUGCCACAACAGUGACUCAUGUUGUUGUAACGCCUGCACUGCAUGACACCCCUGGACAAACGGUGUGUCCCCACUGCCAGCAGUCAGUGGUCACCAAGACAGAGCACUCAGCAGGCCUGAUGACCUGGGCCAUCUGCGGCGGCCUUGCCCUCUUUGGGUGUUUCCUCUGCUGCUGUAUCCCAUUCUGCAUUGAUUCCUGUAAAGAUGUGGAGCAUCGCUGUCCAUCCUGCCACAGAGUCAUCUACAUAUACAAGCGAAUAUGAAACUAGCCUUGGGAAGGGGAACUCAUCUUAUCUGUGUCCUAUAAAAGCAUUUCACUAUACACCAUGUACUUAGUAGGGGAGAACAGGGUUGGUAGUCACACUUUUUACUUUCCUUUGAAUUCUUCAUAAACCAUAAACUGAAUAAAUUCCCUUUUCAUUUGUAAUG